CUGUAUUUCUUUGUUUUCCCGUGAAUGCCCGCAAGAAAAUGAAUCUCAAGGUAGUAUAUGGUUUAAUAUACGUACUUUGAUAAUACAUUUACUUUGAACAAUAUCCCAAGAACAGCCUCACCAAAGCAGUAACGUGAGGAGGGAUGAGAGUUGAAGUUGAGGGUAAGGCGAGAGUCGGGGCUGGCCGAGGGAGCGAGUUUGCGAAAGAGGACAAUGUCCUGGGGGUGGAGUCGAAUAAGAAAAGCAGCAGGCAGCCAAUGCCGUGGACGGGAGGCUGUUCUAACCCGUGACGCGGCACUGACUGCCCUGUCUCGUUCGAAAGCUGUGGAGGAUGGCAGCGCCGGGACUCUGAAUCGCCAGGGACGCCAAUGAAUCCGGCCAAACUGAGCGUCCUGUUUUGCGCGGCCGUUAGCAUUCUCGUCUGCGUUUGCAUUUAUCUGGUAACCAAGACCAGAACGCCGGUGGCUCGGGGCUGGAGCUUCGAUUGCGCCCGGUGCGGCGACUAUCCGGACGAGCUGUGCUCGGCGCUUUUCGCUGGCAAGUCAGUCGCCACUGUACUGGGAGCGCAGUGCGAACAAAUAAACCGGCAGCGGCCCGGACUCGCAGCCGGCCUGCCCGUCAACUGCUCCCGGCUGCUAGUUGACUACUCUUACAUCACCAAACCCCUAUCCCAAGAAGAGGCGGAAUUCCCCUUGGCCUAUAUCUUGGUAGUGCACAAGAACCUGGAGACCUUGGAAUGGCUCUUCCGAGCCAUCUAUAUGCCCCAGAAUGUCUACUGCAUUCAUGUCGACCAGAAGACGCCGGUCGAGUUCAGACAGGCAGUGGCGGGGCUGGCUGCCUGCUUCGAUAACGUGUUCCUGGCGUCCAGGACCGAGAACGUGGUGUAUGGGGGGUUUUCGCGCCUCCAGGCCGACCUCAAUUGUAUGCGUGACCUGGUCCUCUCCAGCGUCCCGUGGAAGUACGCGCUGAACUUGUGCGGCCAGGAUUACCCGCUGAAGAGCAAUCGGGAGCUGGUGCAACACCUGAAGCAGCGAUGGAAGGAUAAGAACAUCACCCCGGGCAUCUUGCAGCCCGAUCACAUCAAGCAGAGGACCACGCAUGUCCACCGCGAGUACAUCUCCCAGUCCGAGUCGUACAUGGUGAAGACCCCAAAGAGAAAAACUGGGAGCGUGCCCCACGGGCUGAAACUGUACUUUGGUUCGGCUUACUACGCUGUUACCAGAGAGUUUGUGAACUUUGUAUUGAAGGACGAACGGGCUAAGGAUUUGCUACAGUGGUCGAAGGAUACCUACAGCCCCGACGAGCACUACUGGGUCACUUUAAAUCGCAUCUCGGAUGCACCAGGUGCAGAUCCCAGUGCCGAGUGGGAGGGCAGCAUACGAUCGAUUAAAUGGCUGGACCAGGCUGAAGUAGCUCACAAGGGUUGUAAAGGUCAUUAUGUUCGCGGCAUCUGUGUGUAUGGGUUGGGAGACCUGGAGUGGCUGGUUCAGAGCGACGGCUUAUUUGCAAACAAAUUUGAAGCUGAAAAACACCCCCUGGUGGCACAAUGUUUGGAGCGGUGGUUAAGACGAAAAACAUUAUCUCUGUCCGAAGUACCUAUUCAACAAGAGUGGCAUAUUCAAAACAACAAGUGUUUCUUUGACAUUGAAGGCAAUAACUGCAGUACCACUUCAUUGUGAUCUGGAGAUCCUUGAUGAUCUAACAAUUAAAAUAGUAUUUAUUUAUCUUAAAAUAUGUAACUACGGUCGUCCUUCAGUAUCCGCGGGGGAUUGUUUCCAGGACCCUCUGCAGAUACCAAAAUCCAUGGAUGCUCAAGUCCCUUAUAUAAAAUGGAGUAGUAAUCUACUCCUUAUCUACGCACGUCCUCCCGUAUACUUUAAAUCAUCUCUAGAUUACUUAUAAUACUUAAUACAAUGUAAAUAGUUGUUAUACUGUAUACACACGUUCAGUACAGAUGCAACCAUUGUAGCUCCUCUGGAAACACUGAUGCUGCCUCGGCAUCAGCCAAUGCCGAUUCUGCCGUGAUCUUUAAGUUCUUGAGGCUGUAGUGCUUUAUAUAGCUAGCCAGCCAUCCCUUACUUGCCUUAAAUUCCUUCAUCUCGCUCACAACACAAGACACAAGGCAAACAAUGUUCAAACAACGAGUGCUGGAGAGAGACUGAUCUGUGAAAUGGCAGGAGGCUACAGUAGGGUAUGCCUACACAUCACUCGCAUGGAUUCAGCAUAGUGCUCGGCACGUGGCAAAUUCAAGUUUUGCUUUUUGGAACUUUCUGGAAAUGUUUUCCCCCUGAAUAUUUUCAAUCCGCGGUUGGUUGAAUCCGCAGAUUCGGAGGACUGACUGUACCUAUCCAUCAAUUAAGUAGUUUCUCAACUACAUUUACAUUUCCUUUACAGAAUGUAUGUAAUCAUCUGGUCUUUGUAUUUUAUUGGAAGUUAUAUAUUUUUAUCCCCAAUUAUUUUUUUUAGUUGCUUUGCUGAACAUCAUCUAUAAAUGAAAAGAAGGAAUUAGCCUCCCAGCUAACUCGCGUGCUGCUAUGUAAUCACUUACUUUAAAAACAUGUAGAGGAGAAGUAACCUGGAGUUUUCGCUCUCUUUUCCCUUCUCUUCCGUGGCACUACUCUCAGUUUGCCGAACAAGGGAACAAUGUGCAAGGUGUUGGAUGUUCAUAAGUGGCUUACAUAUUGAAAUUAUUUUUCUCUAAGUUAUGAGAUUCUUCACACUUAUCGUAAUGAAAGUUGUGAAUUUGUGUAAAUAGGUAACUUGACAUAUUUUAUUAGUAGAGAAUCAGGGCAUUCUUUUUUUUUUAAAGUAAGUUCUACUAGUUACUGAGGCUACAUCCACACUAGACCGGAUAAUUUUGAAAACGCUGGUUUUGCAUAAAAACGAUAGGCGUCCACACCGAGCGUUUUUGAAAAUACCUCCGUCCACAUUAAAACGGGUAUUUAUUUGGAUGAAUCUCUCCUACUGGGCAUGCGCAGGACACACUUACAGAAAACAAGCAACACAUGUUUGUUGUCGAAUCUCGCUGUGGAAGUCCGCGUUUGUGCAGUUGUAGACUAGAAAAACUUAAAAGGAAAUUGCCAAAUGACGGACAGCUGUUAGUUCUUGCACAGGAGGACUUAAAAAAAAAACAAAUACUGGUGCACAUGGAGGCAAACGACAGGGAGUUCACGGACAGUAUGACCUGGCUUAUGACAAACAUUGAAAAACUGACUAACUCUGUUGGCAUUAAUAAAGCACCUUGUUAAAUGUAUAAAGCAUGUCUUCAUCAGAAUUAUCUUGUAUUUCCAUACAAUGUUACAUUAGGCUGUUACACAUCUAUUGUCAGAGAAGUACUUGCAUAAAUAGGUAAACCACCUUCAUACAAGCAAGGACAGAAAACGGCAAAGUGAGUAUACAUAUUUAUUCAGGAAGUUAUGGGUCAAAGUAUCUGAUGAGUACAUUUCUAACUCUUCUGGCUUCAGUCUUGUUGUUAUGAAAUUGUUAGGUUGUUCCAGCACGUCAUGACAGCGUUUUUUAGAAAUCUCUGGUUACCCCGUUCACACUGCUCUGCCCAAUCUCUUUUUUCAAAUUUACACACUCUGGAGGGCAUUUUAGAAAAGCUCUGUUUUCAGGGGAGGAAAACGCCGUUUCAGUGUGGACGGAGGGUCAAAACAAAAAGAAAAUGCUUCAGUUACGGAUUUAUCCGGUCUAGUGCAGACAUGGCCUGAGGCUAAAGGAUCUGAUUUAAAGCCCCUUCCAAAUGUUUAUGAAUGUGCUGACUGUGAAGUGUUUGUAGUGAUUGAGAAAAUCAGAACUAAUAUUGAUUAAAAGUAAACAUUACGGGUAAAGAGCACAUACAUUAAUAUAUCUUAAAUAACACCAUUUAACAUUGAUAAAUAACUCGAGGCUGUUCACAGAAGAAUAAUUAAAAAUAGGUAUUGAGCCGAGGAUAAGUAAAUUACAAAGUAGGUUUAGUUGGAAAUGGGUUUUCAGAUUGGUGUCAAACAUCAAGCAAAAAGGUGGAGAUUUAAAUCUGGUGCAAAUGCAGAUAGUUGAAGCCCUAAACCAUCAGUGAGGCAAAGGAAGUGUGAGUGGCAGAAUAAGGUAGAGCAGGAAGGACAUGGAUUUAUGUAAGUGAAUUGAAACUGCGUGAGAGAGGAUAUUUCUGAGAUUUGGUGGGGGGGAGCUAAGAAUGGAUUUUAAAUCAAGAGGGGGACUGGAAGUCAGUGUAGAUUACAAAGGACCAAAGAAAUUAGUGAGCAGAAUAUAAUGCAGGAUCAGAUUGAGACAGUAACAUUUUUGGAUAUUUUUGAAAUUUUAAAAAGUGCAAAUGUGCUGCAGAAAACAUAGGGUGAAUAUUGUUGUCAAUACAGUGUUGAAAGUAAUGUUGAGUAAAUCGCAGAUUUAGAGCAGCUUGUCUUCAUCUUUAGUCAUGGCCAAAAUAAAACGUGAUGCAUUUUACUUAUGGUCACUGUAAUUGUAAUGUGAAAAGCUUUAACAAAAAAGAGAAUGGGUAUUGUAUCCAGUUCAACAAGAAUGGAAUGUCACUGGAGAAAAAGUGAGCGGAAUUGUAUUUGCAAUUGCAGUACUAGUGUUGAUGAGCCAUUUCUAAGUGAGUACUUGGCUGACUCCAGCAUGUGAUUGGUACUUGUCUUAGUUCCAGAGUCAACUUGGGCCUUGAAUUCUAAUUUAUUCGAAGUUCACAGAUGAUGCUAGAAUUUUUGGAGCUGUUGACAGUGUGGAGAGUGGUGUCAGUGAUAUCAAUGUGAUGGAGAAAUGACAGAUGGAGUUUAAUCCUGAUAAAUGUGAAAUGAUUCAUUUUGGAAGUACUGAUGAGGCCAGGACAUGGUCCUCAGAAGUAUUGAGGACCAUAGCGGCCAUGGUGUGUGGAUCCAAAAAUUUGUGAAGGUGGCAAUGAAGAUAGAUAAUGUGGCCAAGAAGGCAUGAUCGAUUCUGUCAUUCAUUAGUUUAAGCACCAAAUGCAAAAGGCAGAUUAUUCUCCAACUUAAAAAAAAACACUUUGCUCAGAUCUCAGCUGGAUUCUGCAUUCUGGUGUGUUUGUCACACUAUAGAAAAGAUGUGAUAACUCUGGAGAUCAACCCGCAUAUCCUCUGGAAUGAGGUGAGGUUAGGGCCUCUGUUGGUCUGAGCUGACCAUGGAUAUUGUGUCCGACCUACCUAGAUAUGCAAGCCUGGGCAGUACGAUAUGGAGAGGAAGCUAUUGCCCAUGUAGCAAGCUCCCCCUCUCCUCACAACUGAUGAACCCAAAGGAACGGCAGAGACUGACACAGUUUGGCACCAGCAGCAUCGCAGGAGUUGCCAAUCAGCAUUGAACUCAAUGUAGGACUGCUUUAGGGACUCCAGCUCCGGAUUUUUCCCUGAGGGUUUACUCUGGAAAUCUUCCCCAUGAGUGGGUAAAGCUGCAAGGCAGUGGAGGUUUGAGAUCAGAGUUUUCCUUCUAGUUGAGCUGCCAACCGUAGCUGAUGAGCCCCAUCUGCCCAGAGCAACUGGUUUUAAGGUGCCAGUAAUCCGCCUUCGCCCCUUCUUCCUGUCAGUAAAAACUGCUCCCACUGGGCUUAGUGGCUAAGCCACAUGUGAAGACCAGGAGCUGGACUCGGUUGCUAUUUGAAGCCUACACCAUUGGGAACAUCAGAAUCAGGUUUAUUAUUACCAGCAUGUGUCGUGAAAUUAAUUGGUAGUGGAAGCUUGUCCCCAUUACCACCCCCAGCUAUGACAGCCUUACGGAAUCUGGAAUGGGGCAUUGUAAUUGUGAGGACUUAGUCUUGGUGAAGGAUUCCAGCCCAAAACAUAGUCCUGUCCAUGGACUCUGCUUGGCCUUCUGAGUUCAUCCUGAACUAUUUGUGUGUGUGUGUGUUCCUGGAGAGGAUAGCUCUGGUUUUCCUGGAGCAGAGGUUAAGAGGGAAUGUGACUGUGGUGCAGUAAAAUGUUAAGUAGGGUAUAAAUAGAAUAGGCUAUCAGAAUCUUCUCCUUAUCAGAGGUGAAUAAAACAAGAGGAUGUAAAUGAAGGGUAAAGUGUAAGUGAGAUCUGAGAGGAGCCUUUUUUCAUUCGGAGCAAGAGUGGGGAACCAGAGUCAUUGACAGCAUUUCAGAGCUAUUUAGAUAAGAAUUUGAAUGGUAUAGGCUAAGUGCUGGAAGAUGGAAUUCAUUCGGAAGAGUGUAAGCUAGUUGGUGUGAACAUGGUUAGUUUAACAGACUCUUACUGUGCUAUACAACUGUUCUAUUACAAAAUGACCAGCGAAACAAUUUUUGCAGCGGUGCUGCUGUUUCUAAAGUAAACGUGGAAUUAUAGCAUAGGAAAUCAGUGAAAUGAAUAAGGAACAUUUUUGUUGGGGGAAAAAAUUCCACAGUCUGAAAGUUAGGUAUAAUAUGUACCAGACUUAAACGGUAUAAGGAAUAGUAUUGAAAUUUUGUGUAUUUUCCAUAUUUGGUAAUUAAAUCCAUAUUAAUUGUAUGCUGUGCAUAUUACACUGAGAUGGAGCAAAUAUUAACAUUUAACAUUCACUAUGAUAAAUUGUUCUUAACAAAAAUGAUUUAUUUGUUGUUAUAUUGUUUGGAAUCCAGAAAUUAAUAUUGCUGAUAGUUAGUUUUAUAUCUCUGUGUCUGCUACUUUUAUGCAAGCUCUAGCUCAUUUAUUUUGAGUUAAUAAUUUUGGUAAAAUCAGGGACAAGGAAGUGCUAAGUGGUGAGCUGGUAGCAUUUCCAAAAUGAAAUGGAUAAAACAAUACUAUAAAAGAGCCAAUAACUACCCCAAAGUUUUAUGAUUUUGUAAAACACCAGUAUUAAAAUAAUAUAGAUUGGAAAAUUGAAGUGUGCAGAAGAACCCGAAAAAGAAACUUUCAUUCUUUAGUUUUGAAAAAACUGAAGUUAUCUAUGUUUCCUGGGGGUGCUACCCUCUUGUUUCCAAUAUUCCAAUUAUGGGCUAAAUGUACUUUCAAAAUUGGUUGGAUUGCACUUCAAUUAUUAGUCUACUACAUUCACUUUUAAGCUAUAUUAUCUUGCAGUUAUUGGCAUUUUCAAAAUAGUUUUAUUUCGUAAUAGUCAUGAAAAUCAAUUCAGAUUGCAAUAUUUACCAAGUAUGGUGCAUUAAUCUUAUAAAUUGAUAUAUUUGUGUGACUGUAAAGGAUAUUCAGAAGCCAAAUAGCAAACCUCUGUGUCACUGAAGUUAGUAUUGUAUUUGGUAUUUUACCUCAACCUUUUGCUUUUGCUUUGUGUUCAGCUCCCUAAAGUGUUAUGAAGAACACAAUAGCUCCUUUUGGUUCCUGUUUAUAUUCAGCUGGAUUUUUUUUAAAAUUGCAGUAUAUGUAGUUUGUGGGCAAAUAUUUUAAUAGGAAAGCUGUUGAAUGGUAAUAUGCCCAGGCAGCCUAAAGUUCUUAAAUUAUUCUGAUUCCACAUUUUUGAAGAUGUUGCACAUAAUAAAGUGAAAUGGAUAUUUUUUUUAAAAGUUGCACAAGAUAUUUAAUGUUAGAAAUAAAAGGCCUGGACUACAAAAAAAAAGGCAAGUCUUUACAACAUUUAGUUAGUCUGCAGCUGGAGUAUUGUGUUCAAGUUUGGUAUCACAGUGAGAAAGGAUGUUAAGUUCUUGGAGAGGAUGCAAAUAUUUAAAAAUAUGCCAUGAGGGACUUAAAUAAGUAUAUUAGAGGAGCUAGUGUCCUUGCAGCAGAGAACGUUGAGAACAGAUUUGAUGCUAUUUCAGAAUCCCUGAGGAGUUUUGACAGUAUAGCAAGGCAAACACUAUUCUAUUGCACAAAAGAGCCCGCAACCACAGGUUGUGAGAAAUGGGUCUAGGAAUGGGCUGCUGGUUACUUUGAACAUGCUUGGCCUUCCAUCAUACAUGUCUGGUUCUUUACCAUGUUUCCUCUUUACUACAUGAUCUCUGAUUUCAUUACUUCAUUCCAAAUAUUGAUACUGAACUCAAAAAUACUCAGUAGCUAGAAGUCCACAGCUCUGGGACAGAGAAUUUCAUUACUGAUUGAAGAUAUUGGGUAUUUGUCAUCUCAUUCCUUAUUGGCCAGCCUCAUAUUUUGAGAUGUGACCCCCUGGAUCUACACUUCCCAGCCUAGGAAAUGGCUCAUUUGUGAUCCACCACUCCAAUUACCUUUAGAAUAUUUUCCACCCCCCCCCCCCAUGAAAUUACCUCCUCUUUGGUUAUACCAUCCUUUCGUAGUCUCUCUUCAUAGCAUUAGUUCUUCACCCCCAAUAAUCUAUCCAGCGAGUUUAUCCUACACUCUCAAAGCUAACUAUUUUUACCUAGUUAUAAUGCUUUGAAAAGAACAGGAGGCAUCUUAAAAAGCCUUCUCAUGUAGUGAUAUCUGAACUGGAACAGGCUGCCAGGAAGAAGUCUGUAACAUUAAAAGGGAAAAUUGAAUAAAUAUUUGGGAUACACGAGAGACCAAUGAGGAAAUAGCAGCAGAACUUAAUUGAUUUCACAUCUCUUUGAAGGCAUGAGAAGGGACCCUAUGAUUUUUAUCCUGUAGCUGAAAGUAUACUCACUCUUCUGCACUCCAAAUAAUUCCAAUGAAAACUAAUGGCUGUUUCUAAAUGGUCAAAGAAAAUGCCUUAAAAUUGAUUGAAGUAAAAGUGACUUAUGCAGUUUGCUGUUGGUAAGAAAAUUGUUUAGUGAUUCUGUGUUCACCAGGAUGUGGUUAGCUUACACUGUGUGUAUGAUUGGAAUUAACAAUAUAAGUGUGGGGUUACCUUUGAUCAAAAUAACAUUACUGAAUGUGGGAUUAACUAUUGUGUUUGCAUAUUAUGAAAGCUUUACUACCUACUAGACAGAUUCACUUCCUUGUGCACAUUACUGCAUGAGAAUGUGGGAACAUAAAUGUUUUAGCAUUUUGUAAUCCCAUAGUUGAACUGCUUUUCAAAUGUCCAUCAGUUGUUCAAAAAUUAUCCUGGAUUUGUGCCUGGUUUUUGUGUGAACCUUGUUGAUAAAAUACUUGAUGUCAAAAUUUACAAUGGCAUUUGUGAACUUGUUGCUUUGUAAUUGGAUCCUGCAGCUAUUGCUUGUGCGAUGGUAUCUCAGAGUUGGGUCUCUGAGUUACUCAGCCCGUGUCGAUCUAACUUUGCUGCCAAAUACAGUGAACUUAAAAAGAAAUUCUUCCAUCGCUGUGCAGGAGGUCCUAUGGCAUGGAGGCCACAGAGGAGCAUAAUUUCUAAUACGCAGUCUGUGCAAUGCAUUGUGCUUGUUAUGUUGCUCAAUCAGGACAGAAACAAUCUCUCGCCACGACAGAUGUGACAAGAAAACAUUGUGUCAUAGGAGCUGAGUCAAUGAUUGGUUAAUUAUAGCCUUUCUUAUCAAUUAGCCUCAUAUUCUGACUAAUGUUUCAUUUUUGUUUUGAAAUAGGAGUUUACAUUUAAGAUUGAAGGUAUCGGGACCAUGUUUAAAAGUUUCAUGUCUUGGUUCACUCACUGUUGGAACCUGCCUGACUAUAAAGGUUCUAUAACUAGCCAGCUGAUAACCUGUAAAGGUGAUAAAGCUUAAGAUUAUUCUUUUAUUCUAUUUUUUUAAUAAAAAUUAUGAAUUUUCUUCCCCUGGUCAGGAGUGCCGUAUAGAAUCUGUGCUCUGUGGAGCACUGCAGGGCAGGUACCAAUGUAUGUGGAUUUGCACUAUGUAGUUGUGUCAAUAUGCAAACCAAAUAACUUAUCUUUUGAUCAAGGGGAACAAUGUAUAACCUUCAUAUUUUUGUGCAAUAUCUAAAUGCUUCUGAAUCAUGGUUUAAAUAUUCUCCAUUCAAAUUUCUUUCAAAACAAAAUGUGCAGAAACUGUUUGUAUCCAACCUCAAGUCCUCCUUACUCAAGUAUUACCAUAGGUGUUAUUUGAAUGCUGCGGUUUGGUAUCUGUAGAUUGAGAGAUUGUAUGAAGUUCCAUUUUGGGUCUUGUACUGAAAAUUAUAAUUCAUGCUUCUGCCACUAUGUCGUGUAAUAUGUGUACUAUGUUGUCUAAUAUGUGUAAACUUCUGCAUUAAAAUCAAUAAGCAGGUGCUGCUGAUUAAGUGGAGCUGAUUGUAUAAUGUAAAAUCUUCCAUAUUUUGAAAAUUGCAUAUUCUUAAAGAAUCUGAAAUAUUACUGUGCUGUGAUAUCAGGAUUGCUCACCUAUGAAGACUUAUAUUUUGUUCACAUUGCACUGUUAAAAUAUAUCUAAAAUAAAAGUUCGCACUUGAUUUUCCA